AUGGCAAAGACAGAGAAGCACGCUCCCGUUGCACGCAUCUCCCCCAAGAGCGUCUUUCGCGCGUCCUUUAUCUUUAUCGGCAUAGUGCUUUCAUUGCACUUUGCAACGGCACUUGUAACGAAAAAGUAA